UGCUGUUCAUGCUAGCCUCGGUCGAAUUGAGCGAAUCAAUCGCCCCCAUUUCCAAGGACGCCAUACCAAAAUUUGUCGAAAUUAUUACGAAUGCCGAUACUCGAGAUCUGAGACAUGAAGAAGAGUAUACGCGGUUGCAAGCACGGCUCGAUCGUGAAAGCCAGGUGUGGGAUGGAAACCAUCCGCGACAACGGCUGUUGACUGCAUUGUACGGAUACCGCCAAUACAAAGAGCGACAUCUUGAAGAACCCGAUUAG